CCACAUUUUCUUCCACUUCUUCCAUUUCAGUUCGUACAUCUUCAGAGAAAUUCAUCGGAUUUCAUCCGCCGCAGUUACUUGUUCCUCGCCCAAGCUAUACGCUGUCUCCUGCUUCCAUUCUCUGCUAAGCAACCAUGUCGGGACGUGGAAAGGGAGGCAAGGGCCUUGGAAAGGGAGGCGCGAAGCGUCACAGGAAGGUGCUUCGCGACAACAUCCAGGGCAUCACCAAGCCGGCUAUCAGGCGUCUCGCUCGCCGCGGCGGCGUGAAGCGUAUCAGCGGUCUCAUCUACGAAGAGACGCGCGGCGUGCUGAAGGUGUUCCUCGAGAAUGUCAUUCGCGACGCCGUGACUUACACGGAGCACGCUAGGCGAAAGACGGUCACCGCCAUGGACGUCGUCUACGCUCUGAAGCGUCAAGGCAGGACGCUGUAUGGUUUCGGCGGUUAGAUUUGAUAAAAAUAGGUCAUUUCUUCCUUGCGAUGUGUUCCUUAGCCUGUAACUAUAUGGUUCAACAUUUUCUGACACUAAUAAAGCUGUUGUGAGUGC